AUGACAUCCACUUUAGACGACCAACAGGAGCGCCACUAUAUUGGUAAUCUUCUAUGUGAAGAGGAUGUUUUCGGACAGACAAAUAAUCGCACAGUCGAGACAAAUGGAAGCGGUAGUAUACCAUCCGGUAAUGUCUUACCAAGUUCAGGUCCAAUUGGUCCAACCCCAAACCGUACGUUUUGGCCAGAACCACCACCACCAUAUAGUCCAUGCUCCAUUGCCCCGCCACAUUGGGCAUCAGUUGGUCGUCAAGUUCCAGGACUAAUGGCUCCACCACCACCAGUUGCCGUACCUUAUGGACAAACACCUACUGCAACAGCUGUGACGCGUACCGAUUUUUAUCAGUCGUCUUUUGGAGGGCACGAUGAAUGGGAUAAUGUGCCGAGUGCAACCAUGGAUGCGUACAUGUCAACUGGAAUACCGUACUCCUCUCAUCGGACGGUUUUGAAAUCGCUUAUGGCACCCAACAGUACCUUAAAUACAAUGCAACAACAUCAUUAUCAAAACAUGUAUCGUCACCACCAACAUCAUCUUGGGAGUUCCCCAGUCGAUCCACCAAUUUUUGCAACUCCUCCACCACGUGUUUAUUCUAGUGGUGAAAGUGGCCUAGUGCAUAUUGAUUCAUACUUACCGCAGCAUCUGCCACCUAAGGGAAUUAAGAAGACGACAAAUGUUUCUCCAAACGUGUUUGCGCCGGAAGUAGCCAAAGAUGCGGUUCUACCAUUAAGUAAAAGUUACCGAGAUGCAGCUUCUAAGAAAGAACAUGUCAUGUCAAGUUCAUCUCUUUCCUCUUUAUUAUCAAAUCCACCAGCGCCUGUUUAUCGUACUUCAUCCACUGUUUCAGGAGGGAAAGAUAGUGAUAAUCAAACUUCAAAAGAUGUAACAUCAACACAUCGUAUCAAUAGUAAUCGCCAAUCGAUUAAUGAAACUUCUAUCGUGCCGGUAUCUUGCACCGUGAAUGAUGCUUACACCGAGCAGAGUGAAGGAACUAUCCGUUUCAAAAGCAAUGUUGCGGCAAAGAAAAGUUGUGGCAAUGGAAAGAAAAAAGCUGAUUAUGAAUUCCAGAAAAUUAUUCAUAAGAAAAACAAAGGUAUCAAAAGCAACAAAAAUGAUCAAAUGAUCACUGAUGAAAAUGGACUGACAGGCAAUCAAGCUGUAGAUGCUUCCAGUCGUUUUGAUGUUUUACAAUCGCUUGGAACGCAGAUGACAAAUACAGUCCUACGUCGUGUCACGCGUCGAUCACUGUCCUCAGUGGUUGUCCAUCAUGAACCAUCAAUAGAUGUAGCAGCAUCGAAACCAAAAAUUAGUGACAUUUUAUUUGAAAGCACUGAAAAAGCUGGUGGAGACGGUAGCACACUAACUGAGAAUAAAAUCAGGGAUUUUAAUCAGAAUGAAAUUAAGCCUUCAAGCUUCUCUUCAACACAACGUAAUUGUAGAUUCUUCGAAAACGGCUUUGUACAGAUUGUAUGA